CUUCAAAAAGAUUGAAUUGGGGAUUGGUCCUUAAAGAUGCGUUCUUUAUUUCUAAUCUCUAUCCAACUAAGCUGUUUCCUGGCCCUAGUGCUGGCCACUCUCUCGCCGAAUAGCAAACCCAAGAGCAAUACUAAGCAUAUCAAGGAAUUACGUGGCCCUCAAGAUAAUGAUGUUUUUGAACUGAAUUUGGUCUCACCUGAGCCCUUACCAAAAGAUAUAUUAACUCAUCAUAAUGCUUAUUAUAAGGAUACAGGAUUAAGACACUUUAAUCACACAAUUUUAGGCUAUGUAACACCGUGGAAUUCCCAUGGCUAUGAUGUGGCCAAAAUCUUUGCCAAGAAAUUCGAUAUUAUCUCUCCCGUGUGGCUUCAAGUUAUCAAAGAAGGCGAUGCAUAUGUCAUGGCCGGUCUGCAUGACAUCGAUGCCGGCUGGCAAAGUGAUGUCAGGCGCAAGGGAAAGGUGCAGCAGCCACAUCAGCAUACAGUGAAAAUCUUUCCACGUUUCAUAUUCGAUCAUUUCACGGAUCGGGAUAUUAAAUUGCUUUUGAGUGAUCCCAAGGAACGCACAAAGGUGAAUGAUGUACUCAUAAAAAGCUGCAAGGAUAAUGGUUUCGAUGGUCUUGUGCUUGAAGUAUGGUCGCAAUUAGCUGGUCGAAUUGAUGAUAAAAUUCUCUAUACAUUGGUGCUACAAAUGGCAAAGGAAUUGCAAAAGCAGCAACUUCGGCUUAUCUUAGUCAUUCCACCCUUUCGCAAGGAUAUGCCAAAUUUGUUUGGCGAAAAGCAUAUGGAUAAAUUGUAUAAGCAUAUUUACGCAUUUUCCCUCAUGACAUACGAUUACUCCAGUGUGCAGCGACCUGGUGCCAAUGCUCCGCUAUAUUGGGCACGACGUGCUGUCGAACUGAUAGCCCCUGAAGAUUCGCACGACAUGAAAGUGAAGCGUUCCAAAAUUCUUUUAGGCUUAAAUAUGUAUGGCAAUGAUUAUACUCCAGAUGGUGGUGGCCCCAUCACAUACUCAAAAUUUUUAGACUUAGUUAGACACACCAAGAAGCAUUUAACCUUCGAUGAGCGUGAUGUUGAAAAUUUCUUUGAGAUUAAGAAUGAAGAAGGUCGGCAUAUAGUCUUCUAUCCCACACUGUACUCCAUCAACGAACGCAUAAAAUUAGCCAAUGAACUUGGUGUGGGAAUAUCUAUUUGGGAACUAGGACAGGGCUUGAAUUAUUUCUAUGAUCUCUUUUAAUUAAAGAAGUAAAACAGAAACACAUAUUUUAUUUUCAAAGUCUUCUGGAUUAAAGCGUAUUAUGAACUUG